GACCAGCGAGGGCGCAGGCGGGGACCGGGUGGUGUUUCGUCUCUCCCGGGCCUCGGAGGGCCCUGGACGCCGCCCUAGGCCGCCAGAGAAGGCCUAGCGUGGCGAGGUGACCUCUGGCUGCCUCGGCCUGUCCUUCGGCCAUGCCCCCUGGUCGGUUGGCGACGCCCUGGCCCGGGAGCCGGGGACUGGCAGCUGAACCACCUCCUGCCUGUGUUUGUCACCACCGUCCGGAGGCUUCUGGACCCUUCGUGGGGCUCCUGAUGGUGUCGUUCAUUCGACUACUGACUCAGCUUAUCAAAUGAUGGUGCUUGGAAAAAUUUCGAGGCAACUCUGCAGCUUAAAGAAAAUCCCACGGUCAUGUGACUCCAGAUACUUCUGGGAAUGGUUGAAUACAGUGUUUAAUAAAGUAGAUUAUGAACGCAUCAGGGAUGUCGGCCCUGACAGGGCAGCAUCUGAGUGGCUACUGCGGUGUGGGGCCAAAGUGCGCUACUGUGGCCACCAGAAGUGGCUGGAGGACUACAACAACCUCCCGGGAGGCUCCAUGGACAGGUACAAGAUCCAAGCAAUCGAUGCCACCGAUUCUUGUAUCAUGGACAUUGGACUGGAGCACAUGGAGGGCCUAGAGCAUGUUGAAAAAAUAACACUGUGCAAGUGUCAUUACAUUGAAGAUAACUGUUUGCAGAGGCUCAGUCAACUUGAAAAGCUACGAAAAAGCCUAUUGGAAAUGGAAAUAAUUGCCUGUGGGAAUGUCACAGACAAUGGCAUCAUUGCUUUGAGACAUUUUAGGAGCCUCAGGUAUUUGUUCUUAAGUGAUCUUCCCGGAGUGAAAGAUAAAGACAGCCUUGCCCAGGUCCUCAAGACAGCGCUGCCUGCUCUAGAGCUGAAAUUAAACCUGCAGUAAAAUAAGUCUGUGCUCUCGGUUUAAAGCGCCAUUUCAAAGUGCUGAUGCUCAGUAGCCGCAAACACCACCUAGCCACCCGCAGGCCUGGAGACGGUUUGGGAGUGGAGACUGGACGUUAGCCGGGAAGUAAAUGUGUAAACGUGACUUGCUAAAGUUACUUAGUUGAAAGUGAGAGAUUAUGCACAUUGGAUCACUUUUAAAAUUACAAAGUAACAGGGUGGUGAUGGCACACGCCUCUAACCCCAGCGCUCGGGAGGCAGAGGCAGGUGGAUCUCUGAGUUCGAGACCAGCCUGGUCUACAGAGCGAGUUCCAGGACAGGCUCCAAAGCUACAGAGAAACCCUGUCUCAGAAAAAAAAAUUACAACGUAACAUUUUAAUUCUAAUGUAUUCCCCAUUGACAAAUACACUGUAGAUAUUGCUUGGUGUAGAUACUAACAUAGAGUUCUUUAAGAUACAGUGCAAUUAUUCUUUUUUACAUUACAAUACUUUACAUCUUUAAAGGCACUGAAGCGUGUUGCUGUAAAUGCCUGGUUAUGAAAAACUGAAAGCUCGGUUUCAGAUGCAGUGAUGGAGUCAGUCAUGAACAGCUGUCCGUGGUGUUGACAUAGCACACUGGAUUGCUUCCUAAGCUCCUGCAUUGCAUUGCAUAUACUUUUAAACAGGUACAUACCUUUUUAAAUACCCUUUGUCAGAAUGAAACAGGCUGGUUAAUUCGUCCUUCUUUUAAGCUUGGGCUAGUGCUGGUUAAAACUGAACACAGGUUCUUGUCUGUAUCCUAACUAGUUUUGCUGGUAAAACAAAACAAGAACCGAAAAAAAUCCCUACUGCCCUUCUGCUUCAAACAAAAUGUUAGUGUGCUGAUUAAAAGCUAAAUUUUGCUAUCCCCCAAAUAUUUUGAAUGUUGCCCCCUUUGAAAUCAAGGAACAUGAAAAUAUAAAUAUGAAAAUGAAUUUUCUAUCUAGAAAACACUAAUAAAGAAUGUCAUAAGGGGA